AUGGCGACGGACGUGAAAGAACCCGCUGCCCCGGAGGUGGGGGGCGAAGGGGAAGAAGGUGGACCCUUGACGAUCGGAGAUUUGGUGGACUUGGCCCUCGCGACGCCGGAAAUUGGAACGGUCAAUUUCAAAAUUUUGCGAAUUUUGCUCCAUUCCAUCUGCGACAAGUUGGGCAUCGACAACUUACCAGUCGCCUUGGGGGACGAUGAACAGGAACAGAUUGAGAAAUUCCAACAUUAUUUGGACCGGCAUUCGAAAGUUGCUCCGUUUCUGGGAGUCAUGCAGUUUACGAAUGGACACAUUGAUGUCAUGCGACCCCACAGAACGUCGGCGUCUGCUCCAAAUUCGGCACGUGGACAGGCACAAACUCCAUUAUUUCAACAGGGUCAACAAGGACAAGGACAGUUUGUUCAAGGGCAGCCGGGUCAAGGACAGCCGGGACAAGGACAAAUCAUUCAAGGGCAGCCGGGUCAGGGACAAUUCGUUCAAGGUCAACCGGGUCAAGGACCACCGGGACAAGGACAGUUUGUUCAAGGACAGCCGGGACAAGGGCAAUUUGUUCAAGGACAGCCGGGACAAGGGCAAUUUGUUCAAGGACAGCCGGGACAAGGGCAAUUUGUUCAAGGACAGCCGGGUCAAGGACAAUUUGUUCAAGGACAGCCAGGUCAAGGACAAUUUGUUCAAGGCCAGCCAGGACAAGGUCAAAUGAUACAGGGUCAACCGGGUCAAGGGCAGCUAGGACAACGGAUUCCAGGUCAACCAGGACAAGGACAACCUGGACAACUACAAGGUCCACCAGGACAAAUGCAAGGACAACCAGGACAAACACAAGGUCAGCCUGGGCAAACACAGGGACAAGUCCAAGGGCAGCAAGGCCAAAUGCAAGGACAGCCAGGUCAAAUGAUACAAGGUCAACCGGGUCAAGGACAGGGGCAAAUGCAAGGACAACCGGGACAAGUUCAAGGACAACCAGGACAAGUGCAAGGUCAGCCAGGACAAAUGCAAGGUCAAGGAGGGCAAGGACAGGGCCAAAUGCAAGGGCAAGGACAGGGCCAAAUGCAAGGUCAAGGAGGGCAAGGACAGGGCCAAAUACAAGGUCAACCAGGACAAGUACAAGGACAACCUGGACAACUACAAGGUCCACCAGGACAAACACAAGGGCAAAUGCAAGGUCAACCAGGGGGACAAAUGCAGGGUCAACCAGGGCAAAUUCAGGGACCAAGUCAAGGACAGCCAGGUCAAGUAAUGCAAGGUCAACCCGGUCAAGUAAUGCAAGGUCAGCCCGGCCAAAUGCAAGGUCAACCAGGCCAAGUGCAAGGUCAACCAGGCCAAGUGCAAGGUCAACCAGGCCAAGUGCAAGGUCAACCAGGCCAAGUGCAAGGUCAACCAGGUCAAAUGCAAGGUCAACCCGGCCAAAUGCAAGGUCAACCUGGUCAACCGGGCACUUUUCCACAAGACCAGUCCUCUACUUAUGGCGUCCCCACUCAAGACCAAGAAACCCAAGCACAUCCCAACUUUGCCCCAGGCCAGACACAAACAGAUGCCGCUCCUCCCGCGAAAAGAACUCAGAAAACGCAAACACCCGGGGAAGAACCUCACCCGCCUUCGGAGGAUGACAAUUCCAUCGAAGAUCCUCAACCUGCCCUUGACGAAAAUGGUGUCCCCAUUCCCCGCCCUAAGACACAAAUCGUCCAGCGACAAGAUAAGGGAACAUCCCCACAGCCACAAGUGCAACAACAAGGCACCCAAGGUUAUCCUCAACAACAAGGUCAAGGUUACCCUCCACAACAACAAGGUCAAGGUUACCCUCCUCAACAACAAGGUCAAGGUUACCCUCCACAACAACAAGGUCAAGGUUAUCCACCACAACAACAAGGUCAAGGUUAUCCUCCACAGCAGCAGCAACAACCAAGUUAUCCUCCACAGCAGCAGCAACAAAGUUAUCCUCCUCCACAACAACAACAAGGUCAAGCCCAGCCAGGUUAUCCUCCACAGCAACAAGGUCAACAAGGUCAAGCCCAGCCAGGUUAUCCUCCACAGCAACAAGGUCAACAAGGUCAAGCCCAGCCAGGUUAUCCUCCACAGCAACAAGGUCAAGCCCAGCCAGGUUACCCUCCCCCACAGCCAAGCCAAAGACCUCCCAAGCCGAAGCCAGCAGGGCAAAAAUUGCUUCCACAACAACAACAGCAAGGUUAUCCACCUCAACAGGGUGAAGGUUAUCCUCCUCCUCAACCCCAGCAACAAGGUUAUCCUCCUCAACCCCAACAACAAGGUCAACAAGGUCAAGCAGCUUACCCACCCCCACAAAGUCAAGGUUUUAUCCCCCUCCAACAACCAUCCGGUCCUCCAUCUGCGCACUCUUCGGCUCGUCCCCCGCACCCUCAAACCAGUCAACUUCCUCCCCCACAAGGACCACCUGUCCACUCCGUCCCCUCAAAAUCUGGUCCCCUCAUCUCACCCACGCAGCAACGCCCCACCCAUGGCCAUUCGCCCGGACGACCGACAGGGCCCCACCACCAACCGGGGGGAACCCAGCAGCCCGACCAGUCCCGAACGGUGCAGGGUCACUCCCCCAAAACGCCGACGGGACCAGGGCGGCUGGUCAUGCAGCAACAGCAGAAUCAGGGAGAUGAUGCUAGACCCAGCUUCAUGGGGCGAUUUCCCCCAAAUUAUCCGCCCCCGCAUGGACACGAUGCGGAAGAGAUUCUGCUCCAGAGAGAUAUGCGUUCUCUGAUUUUGCUGGAUUUGGACGCGAUUAGGAAUAACGUGCGACUUCACGGCGUCGAGUUUGACGAGCAGGACUUCCUCGAACGUCUCAACACUAUUUGGGAAGCGAUUAAAAUCAUCAAAAACAACGAGGAAACGCUCGCCAUUAAGAUCCUGAGGCAGGACGCGAUCCUCAAAAAAAUUCCGAUGGAUACGAUCGAGCGUCUUCACAAAAUCCCCCCCGAAAAUUUGGACGCUAUCGCCACCGCGCGCUGGGACAGACCGAUGAUGCUGCCCGGAAAAAAUGCCAACCUUGGUCAGACCGCGUCCCGAAAUAUUCUUAACCAGCCCGCCCCCAUCGCCGCGGCUGGGAAACAACCAGGUGUCCUUAAACCCGGCCCUGCUGCCGGAGUGACGGCGACUCAUCCGCUCAACGCGGCCGCGGUGGCGACCUCCGUCUCCGUCGCGAGUGGUUUAGCGUCCGUGGAAAAGGGAGAGAUUCAAAAUCUCUAUAAUAAUUUGAUCAAUAUGAUGACCCAGACGACGGAGCAUCAAGACAAGCUAUCGCGAAUCCAGGACCAACUUCGCACCGUGGAGAUCGGCAUGGUCACAAAACAAGUGCUUAUCGACGCUCUAAACGAUAAAGCAGAUAAGGGUCAAAUUAACACCAAAGUUUCCUACGACGAGUUUGGAACGGCGAUUGAGGAGCUCCAAACCGCUCUCAGAGACCUCGCGAUGGCCGGAAUGAACAAUAAUGAACACUGGAAACAAGUCACGGACGAAUUGGUGCACGACGUUCGGGACAAAUUGAACCGAUCCGAGCUCGUUCCGGUGAAGGCCUUCUUCAAAUCGAAUAUUAAAGCCUUGGACGAGAAGAUUCGUCGCCUUCAAAGACAACUCGAAGAACCCGAUCCGGCCGGAACGAGGAAGAAAUUGCUCAAAGAUUUCAACUGCAUUUCGUGCGACAAACAUUGCAACAUUUCCGGCGUUACAAACGGACCCACGCUUCCGACAAUUGGACCCAUUCUGGCCGGACACACGACCGCAUCUCGAAGAGCUUUUGACCUCCAUAGGAUGAGAAUGAAGAAGAAAUUCGACCACGACUGUCGCGACAUGCUCCUCAUGGAGAGACAAAUGCGCUCCGUGGGUGUCCUCAAUGCGGACGGGACAUGGAACACACAAUCGGACGCACCACCACCUUCCGUAAACCGGUAUCAAGGCGGAAGUCAUACAGGAAUUACGAACGCCGCACUUGUCAAAGCUGCGCGAUCGUCUCGAAAUUCCGCCAAGGCACAGAGGACCUCCCUCCCCACCCAACAAAACCCGCCACCUGCUCCUCCCUCCGCCACCGAGGAGUACAACUCCGUCCUGGAACAGAUCAACGAAGAGGACGAGAACGAAUCCGUCAUGGAAAUGACACUUCUCCAACAAGUUCAAGAGUACGGAUUGCCCAACGACGACGAAGAGGAAGACGAGGGCGCUGAAGAGGAUGAAGGCGAAGAAGAAGAUGUACCGCUCGCCAAGAAAAAAUCCUCCAGUAAAAAGGUCUCCAUCAACGACAAACCUGGUCCUGAUGCCGAUGGAGAAGGCGAAGAGGAAGAAAUCGGUUCCUCGUCUCAAUUUAACGAGCCUGCAGCCCCCGUCGUUCUGCAGCCGUCGUACAGCUAUGUUGAAGAGUAGAAGUAGUAAAAAUAUUUAUUUACAGCGAGAUCACAAGUCGCGUCCCAAGUAAUCCUCAAAUCCUCUUAUGUAUCUACCACACAAACAACGCAGUAAGCAAGCAACCCAGAACUCAUCCCAUCCUCUCAUCCAUCUCUAAACUCUACAAGUUUCAACUUUUUUUAAAGAGGCGAAGGAAAAAACAAUAGGCUUUGGAACAAAUGGGUCAAAGUGAAAUUACUUAGAAAUCUCUCGCUCGCAAAAACACUCGAUAAUAUUUGCUCGGAAAAAGCAACAAACAAAUUAAAUAACUAGUUUUCUCCGAGUCGUAUCUCUAGUAAAUGUCUUUUAUGUGAGGGUACAAACAUUAUGUAUGUAUUCGUGUCAAGUAUAAAUGAAUGAAUAAGUAAAUAUACAUAUAUAAAUAUGGCAAA